UAAAUACUGCCGCAGAGGAGGCGAGAGUGCCUCGCUAUCCAUCAUGGAUAACGGAUGUCGGUGCACUAGUGACGGACUGCUGAAUCCCAUCCUCUUCAACAUCCUCAGCCAACUGGAUAACAGCAACCAGAGUCCAAAUAACUCCGGUUCAAUACCUCACCGGUGCAACUGUGAGCUCCGGCGAACGGUGCGCUUGAAAAGGCCGUCGGAAAUUUGCAAGGAAGCCUCGGCGGUUCUGGUCAAAACCAUCCGUUUCAUCAAGAAUUUACCAGCUUUCAAGCAGCUGCCGCCCGGCGACCAGUUCACGCUCCUCAAAAACUGUUGGGCGCCACUCUUCAUCCUGGGCCUGGCGCAGGAGCGCGUCGACUUCGAGGUGGCCGACGUCCCGGCCGACAGCAUGCUGAAGAAGAUUCUUCUGCGGCGCGAGCGGGGAGCUGAAACGGAGAGGGAGCAGCCGACCGUGGCCGGCGUCAGCAAACUCAAAUCCUGCCUGAAAAAGUUCUGGAGCUUAGAUUUGAGUCCAAAGGAGUAUGCCUACCUUAAAGGGACCACGAUAUUUAACCCAGACAUCCCAGAUCUGAAUGCGUCCGCGUUCAUCGAGUGUCUUCAACAAGAGGCCCAGCAAGCCCUGAGCGAGGUGGUCCAGGUCCUCGGCCCCGGGUGGCAGGAGCGUUUCGCCCGCAUCCUGCUCACGGCGUCCGCGCUGCAGAGCGUCACGCCCGGCCUCGUCGUCGAGCUCUUCUUCCGGCCCGUGAUCGGCCAAGCGGACCUGCUGGAGCUCCUGGUGGACAUGCUCUUCUACAGGUAGAAAGCGCCGACGAGGCGAUUCUUGUCCGCAAACGUGCGUUGCAUAUUUCGGAUGAUAUUUUCUGAAAUGGAAGCAAACGUCAGGAACUGUUUUCAUCUCUGGCGAGAUUUACUCGUCCGCUAUUACAAAAACAUGUCUUUCUGUCGUGCCCUUUGCCGCAAGAAUGUUAACGCUGUUGUAAAUAUGUAUUCAUAUAUUUUUUUGCA